AUGUCUUCAAUACUGGGUGGUCAGAUCUUGUCGUUGGGCAAGCGAGCAUCAGGUCCAUACGCUCCCACUUACGCAAGUCUCGGCGGCUUACCUUGGGUGAUUCCUGAUGUGCCCAUUUCGGUUGUCUUACUCGUUCUCUACGUUAUCCUCGGUGCCACCCAUAUAACAAUUCUCAAGAGGAACAAGGGCCGUGGACACAAAUUCAUCUUCAAUGGCGCGUUGUUGGGUCUUUGCAAAGUUCGAACAGUCACCAUGUGCCUGAGGAUCGCAUGGGCAUGCCAUCCGACAAGCAUACGCCUAGCUAUAGCCGCUAACGUCUUUGUCUAUGUGGGAACCAUUAUCUUGUAUGAGAUAAACUGGUUCUUCACACAACGUAUCAUUCGCGCGCAGCACGCCGAAUUUGGGUGGUCCAAGGCCUAUCUUAUAUUUCACCGGGCUGCUGAAGUAUGCUUGGUUUCCUGCCUAAUCAUGCUGAUCGUCGCGUCGAUAUCGCAGUCUUUCACGCUCGACCCAGAGAAGCUCCGAAUCUUCCGAGCCCUGCAACUCACUGGCCAGACGUACUUUUCAGCCUUCUGCUGCGCGCCGCUCGUUGUUGUUGGCCUCUCGCUGCUUUUCCCGCGGCAUGAAGUCGACAAGUUUGGUGCUGGCCGUUUGAGAGCCAAUAUCACGAUUCUUAUCAUUGCGGUCAUCAUUUUGUCGAUCGGACAGAUCUUCCGUUGCGUUUUGGCAUGGCUUCCUCCUUACCACGCGCGCAAUGCCGAGGGCCAGGUCGUCGCCCUGAGAUGGUAUCACACCAAAGUUACCUUCUACAUGCUCAACUUCGCCACGGAGAUCAUCGUCAUCGGCCUUUUCGCCAUAUCUCGUGUCGAUCUACGCUUCCACAUUCCAAACGGAUCCAGAAUGUCAGGUGACUACAGUCGCAGUCGUCUCACAGUCAACAACUUGACCAGCGAAAAGACUCUCAAACAGUCCUCUAUCUCACCAACACUCCAAUCCAAGGCCAGUCUGGUCUCGCCUCAAUCGUCAUGCAUCUUUGAUGAUUCUCGCACUCUGGCUGAAUCGCUACGCCACCCUUCUCCAAACCCGAGAACCUCAGACAGAACAAGCAGUUUCAGGACCAAGCACGCCUCCAGUCGAUCAUCGAUCAACUCGUCGAGAGGAUCACAAUCUUCUCUGGUAAAUUCUGGUCGAGUUACCUUUGUAGACAGCGACAUCCCACCGGUUCCCCAAAUACCCGCAGAGUGGCCGCUCCCCACAACACUAACACCACCUCAAGCAGCCCACAUGUCACUGGAAUCGACAUCAGAGCGAGGCCUCUCAGCACGCAACAGCCACCUCAGCAGCGUCGACACAGAAAACGAGAUCAACACCACGCUCGCCAUCCUAGAAUCCGGCUGUGAGAAGUCCAGACGCAUGUCAAUCAGCUCCGCGAAAUCCAGCCGGCCUCUAUCCUCACAUAGCAUAUUCUCCCGCCAGACCUCCCACAAACUACCCGUCGACGCGCCACCGACGCCCAAGAUAGGCCCCGUCGCCGAUCACCAGGGCGGCGAGGAUGCAUCCCCUGAAUCGUUCAUUCUACAGCAACUCCCCCCGCUCCCAACCCAAACCUCGCCUCCCCAAGACGCACAAGACGCACAAGAUGCACAAGACACGCAAGACACACAAAGCGUUCCAACAGAAGGCAGCCCAGACCUCGUAGAACUGCCCGCCUCCUACCCGCAGCCGGAAACAACUGACUUGCACCGCUACCCCGAGUUCAGCUCCCUAGCCAACCAGGAGAAUGGGUCACAGGCAGUAGCCCCAGGCUCGCGCUCCUCGCUGCAAAGCAACACGACUGCGACCUCUGACCCAGCGAGGGCAGGCGUCGAGGUGCGGAAGUUCAGCUGUGAGGUUCGCCCACGGUCUGUGCCGCCUCCGUCCACAGCGGAUGGUGACGAGUUGUGGCUGCAGUAUUAG